UGCGCAACUCCGAACUCCUAUAUAGUUCGUACUCCAAACUGGCGAAGUCUGCGCGGCUUCAUUCGACAACAAUAAUAACAAAUAACAAUUCAUACGACGGUGGCAGGCUUUCUCUUUAAGAUGAUUGGCUUCCCAGUCCCAGUGCUUACCCACCCAAUCUCUCCGGUUCUUUUCCUGCAGUAGUGCAGUACCACACUACCACUAUUCGCUAACCGUUUCUGUGUGUGGAGUGGAGUGUCCGGCGCGUGUGUUAACAAUUAUUAUUGUUUUUUGUUUAAAAAACUUUAAAUUUCACUUUUCCUAGAGUAGAAACAAAGCGGCGUCUAUCAUUUUUGCGGUCUUCUUCCCUCCUUUCGUUUUGCAGUUUGUUAUCGUCAGUCGUUCUCAAACCACCGUCGACGGUCUACCUGCGGAUCCGCCAUCACCUGAGUACCUGACACCUUCACCACCACGCGUGUAGCACAGUUGUUUUAGCUAUGGCCGAUCAAAGCCCAAAUGAGAUUCAAAAUCCAGAAUUUUGUAAGCCCAAGGACCCCAAAGAUGUUGAAAAAGCUCAAGAAGAGUGUAUGAAAAAACAAUAUCAAAUGAAGUCAAAUUGGCCUCCAGUCAGUGGUCACUCUGCUCUCCUUCAAAAACGUUUAGCCAAAGGG